GUGAAAUUUUACAUCGAGCGAUCUUGAACUCUUGCGGUGCGUUUGUUCAUAAAGAUUGUAAAAGGCAGUCAUGGCUGUGAAAGAGUGGUUUAGAAGACUUCAACCGAUGCAAUUGUACCUCGUGCUAUUCUUCACUACGGCUUUUUUUUUGGUCGAGAUCGUUGCUAGUCAUAUAACGCAUUCAUUGACGCUCCUUCUCAAUGCUUAUCACAUGCUCUGCAAUAUCGUAGCACUUGUCGGUUGUAUUGCUUCGAUCAAGUAUAGUUAUCGGGAAAGGUACAGCAACAACAGUAACUGCAAUUCACUAGGUAAUUCGUCCAUUUGUAUUAACGGUGAGGAUCAGGGUUCUGUUACGUCUUUAUCAACAAAGACGAAGGAAUCAUGGUCGGACAGAAGAAUGAAAAACACGUUUGGAUGGGCUAGAAUCGACAUUGUUACGAUGCUCGUUUGCUGCAUUUUCCUCACUUCUUUCUGUUUCUCUUUGCUCAUGGAAGCAUUACAGACAUUGGUGCAUAUCGAUCAUCUAGAUGAAAUGCAUCACCCACUGCCAGUAUUGUGUAUCGGUGUUUCCGGAAUACUUCUAAAUGCCUUCUGCUACCUUUUAAUUGGGGGAUUCACUUUUAAUCAGGGCAUCUUUUUACAUGUCACAAAAAGCGGUGACGUAAUAUUACGCAGAAAUGUGAGUUUAGAAGAAACAAAGGAUGGUGAGGAACAACUAUCUGCAGAGACUAGGCGAAGUCCGUUGGCGAUACCAAAAAGUGAAGGUUUAAGAGAAAUUUAUCGAGAUAUUCUCGGGUGUGUUUUCGUCAUAUUGGUAUCAAUUUUAGUUUAUUUCACCGAAUCUGAUGUAGCCAAAUACGUUGAUCCAGUCUUCGCAAUUGUUUCAUCAAUUUUGCUAUUUGUUCUCUGUUAUCCUUACAUGAAAGAAUCAGGCUUGAUUUUACUGCAAACAAUUCCGAAUCAUAUCAAUAUUGAUUGUCUCAAAAGAAAACUGUUGGUAGCUUUUCCGGGUAUCGUAAAUGUUCAUGACUUACAUGUAUGGCAAUUAGCAAAACAUCAAGCUAUUUGUACGGUCCAUAUUGUGUUCUUGAAUCCAAUGGUUUAUGCUAGCAUUACAGAACAAGUUACUGCCUUUUUUGUCGAAAUGGGUAUUACGCAGGUCACUAUACAGCCAGAAUUCCAUAAAAUGAAACCGAAUACGGAGAAAACCGAUUGCCUUAUUACAUGUCAUGGGGAACACUGCAGUUCUUCUCAAUGUUGCUCGCGAGAAAGCUUUUUGGAGGACGCAUGCAAGUCAGUGAAAAAUGUGCACACCAUCAACAGGAAACCCGAUAAAAAAGAGAGGAUACCAACUGCAUAUGUGAUUAGUUUGAAAAAGUUUACUAUUAAUGAGGAAGAAACCCUAGAACGGACUGUAAACGAUCCAAAAGCAGAAAAAUCUGUACCUAAGUCAACAAACGAAAACGCAUGUCACUCGAACGAUAAACAAAUACAAAGCAUUGUAAAUGGAAAUUCUGAAGAUUGUGCGAUAAAUCUAACCGAUCGAGUAUCUACAAAUGUUGAUACCGAUCGAAUAUCUGUAACUACUGAUAGCAAUCUAGACCACAGCGUCGUAUCUUAAACUACUUAUUGUUCAGAGACAGUUAAUUGUUUCAAUCUAAUUUUUUAAAUCUUGGCAUUGUCUUACCUGAAAGAGAUUAUACGUGACGUUCAAUGGAC